AUGGAUAAAUAUGAAAUCAUUAAAAAAAUUGGAGAAGGAUCUUUUGGCAAAAUAUUCUUGGCAAAAGGAAAAGUGGAUAAUGAACAGUGUGUUAUCAAAGAGAUCAAUGUAACUCAGAUGCCUGUGAAAGAAAAAGAAGCCCCUCAGAAAGAAGUCAUUCUUCUGGCCAAGAUGAAGCAUGCAAAUAUCGUAACUUUCUAUGCUUCUUUGCAAGAAAAGAACAAGCUAUAUAUUGUGAUGGAAUACUGUGAUGGUGGAGAUUUAAUGAAGCGCAUAAAUAUGCAGCAUGGAGUGCUGUUCAACGAGGACCAGAUUCUGAGUUGGUUUGUGCAGAUCUCCUUGGGCUUGAAGCAUAUUCACGACAUGAAGAUUUUACACAGAGAUGUAAAAGCACAGAACAUUUUUCUUAGCAAUAAUGGAAAGGUAGCAAAGCUUGGGGACUUUGGCAUAGCAAGGCAGUUGAACAGCACUAUGGAGUUUGCCCAUACCUGUGUAGGGACCCCCUAUUAUCUGUCACCUGAGAUGUGUGAAAAUCGACCAUAUAACAAUAAAACAGAUAUUUGGUCUCUUGGCUGUGUGCUUUAUGAGCUAUGUGCACUAAAGCAUCCUUUUGAAGGCAAUAGUUUGCACCAGCUGGUGCUGAAGAUCUGCAGAGGACAUUUUCACCCAGUGUCUCCCAACUAUUCAUAUGAUCUGAGGAUAUUAAUUUCCCAGUUGUUUAAAAUAUCUCCAAGAGAUCGACCAUCUAUUAACUCUAUUCUAAGGAAGCCCUUCUUGCAGAAGCUUGUUCUUAGGUAUUUGCCCCCUGAGGAAGAACUCAGUCACACUGUGAUACAUAGAAAAAGGCCUUCAGCAUCACAGCCUGGAGCGAAGCUGAUACAAGCACAUAAACUUCAAAAAAGGAGAGUCCAGGACCAAGUUCCUCCAGAAUCUGGAAUGGUGGUGCCUGUCAAACAGGAAUUAUUUCAAAGAAAUGAAUGGAAACCUCCUUCAAGAGGGCAACAGCCUAUUUUUCAGCCACAGAGCUCCAGAUUUAAGAUGGCAGAAAGGCCAGAAAGUAUUAGAGUACAUGGCCAUUAUGGUCAUUACUAUGAUAAGCUUGACAACUUGCAGAGGAAAGCUAAUGCAUAUUAUGACCUUUCUCACAUCAGCCAAAGAGUUGAGGAAUACUAUAAACUAAAAGGACAAGUUGCACCUCCACCCCCACCACCCAACUGGCCUGCAGAAUACCUUCAAAGGCGUUUUGAAGCCCAACAGUACAAGACUAAAGUGGAAAAACAACUGGGACUGCGACCAUCCUCUGCUGACCCUUAUCAUGACCAAAUACAGCAGCAGAAAAUAAAGGAAGAGCAUCUCAAAAAUCAUCAGCAGGACAUGUCUAGAAAGAAUGACAUGAAAGAACAGGAGUACCUGAAACAAUUGCAGAAAAUUCGGGAAGAAUACCACAAUGAUAUAAAAGAAUUCAGAUGUAGAGCAGGAGUACUCCAGGAGAAUCAAAAAAUACAAGAUAAAACAUAUCUUGUGAGGCAAGGAAAAGCUGAGGACCAGUCUGAAACCAAGGGUACAGCUGGAACAGAAGAAGAAUCACUUCAGGACAUGGAAGAACACUUUAAACAAGUCAGACUCCAGGAUAGGCAAGAUGAAAAAAUCUUAGAAAAUAAAUAUAACACAAAGGGAGGAGUAAAGUUUGAAAUUAAUUUAGAUAUAUGUGUUCCUGAGGAAGACAGCAUUCGAGAAGCAGAGGUACUAGAUAAACUCCAUGAGACUUCAGCUUCUGUGGAUGGUGAGAACCUUAAGGAGAAAUUGGUGGAAGUUUAUGACGAUCAUAUGGACAAAGCUUUGGAAGAACUAUCUGGAUACCAAACAGAGUCCAAUGAUAUUGAUGAUACCAAAGAAAACAGAAAACAUUGGCAAGCUGGAGCCCCUCAGACACUACUGAAUUUUUUAGCUGAUGCUGAUGUCACUUCUGUAUGUCCUACUAUGGCUGAAAAUGAACUUGCUGACCAUGCUAUUCUGCCUGAAGACAUCCCAGAAAGCAGGAAGCAGUGGAAACAAACACCACCAGGGACACUCCUGAACAUCUUUGCAAAAGCAGAGCUGUCUAAUGACUCCUUCAUCCGGCUUGAAGAGGAAAUAGAAAACAAGGAAGAUGGUUCAGAAGUACACUCUGCUGUUGCUGUUGAUGAAGGCAGACUUGAGCCAAGAUCAGAUGAUGAAGACACAAAUUUUGAAGAUUCUGAAGAUGAACUGACACAUGAGCUGGAGGAAUCUCUGGAAAAAGUGGCAGCUUCUCCAGCAGAGAGAACCAUGGAGUCUCCCAUCCUUUCAAUAAAUAAAGGUCAAACAGAUGAAGAAAAGAUGAGUUUACCUCGCAAGCUACUUGCAAAACCUGAUGAUGAUUUAGAAAGUAACCAUGGGUCAUUUAGCAUUAACACACAUAAUGAAAAAGGCAAGCGGGAAGCAAGAGCUACCUAA